GGCCAAGGUUAUCGGUAUUGGCGAGAAAGAGUGUGGAGUUUAUAAUCCAAAUGGAUUAAAUAUUGAUGAAUUAUUUAACUAUCGACUCUCUAAUGGAUCUUUCCGUGGAGUGCCCAAUGUGGAUAUUAUUGAAGAUCCAUUAAAAAUUGGCUCUCGCAAUGCUGAUAGAAUAAAGGCCAAAAUCAUUGGUGAAGCUGCUAACGGUCCCACAACUCCACUUGCAGACGAAAUUCUAUUAAAGAAAGGAAUACUGAUUAUACCAGAUUUACUUUUGAAUGCUGGGGGCGUUACUGUUUCAUAUUUUGAAUGGUUAAAAAAUCUUUCUCAUAUGAGAUUCGGUCGAAUGACAAGAAAAUGGGAUGAAUUUGGUAAAUCGCAAAUAGUAGAGUUAGUGGAACGAAAUGUAGGACAAAAAUUAUCGGAUACUGAGAAAAAACAGAUUGUACAUGGAGCGGAUGAAUCAGAUUUAGUCUAUUCAGGAUUGGAAGAUACUAUGAUUGGUGCUUGUUUAGAAACUAGAAAAACAUCUAUUUCUAAGAAUAUCGAUUAUAGGACUGCAGCAUUUGUAAAUGCUAUUGAAAAAAUUGCUGCAGUUUAUGAAGGGUCAGGGAUGAUGUUUAUGAGUUAG